AUGUACCGGUCAGCUGGAGCCCUGGGGCCCUCCACCUCUGCCCCCAGCCUGCCCGCGCGGGCGUCUGUACCAUCUGCACGACAGUGCGCACGCCGUGCAUCGGUAUGCACCCGUGCAUCCGCCUCCACCGCUCCAGGAGACAUCCGCUCCAACGCCGUCCUGAGGGCUCGCGCGGAGGGCACGUUCCGCGCAGAGUACGUCCCCUUUGCCGACAUCGCCUCGGGCACCGUGGGCAAGGAGACCUACUCUUUGGAUGACGUGGUCUACCGCGCCAUGGACGGGGGCCUGCUAGACGUCAAGCACGACUUCGAGGCCCUGGCCAAGUACGAUGCCAAGUACUGGAAGACCCUGUUUGACGGGCGGGUGGGCACCGCCAGGUGGCCCCACGGCUCCGGCGUCUGGUCCAAGAAGGAGUGGGUACUGCCGCAAAUCUCCGACGACGACAUCGUCAGCAUGUUCGAGGGGAACAGCAACCUGUUCUGGGCGGAGCGCUUCGGCCGCCAGAUCGGAAUGAGCGACCUGUGGGUGAAGCAGUGCGGCAACUCCCACACCGGCUCCUUCAAGGACCUGGGCAUGACGGUGCUGGUGAGCCAGGUGAACCGGCUGUCCAAGCUGCGCCCGGAGUCGGUGCAGGCAGUGGGGUGCGCCAGCACUGGCGACACCUCCGCCGCGCUGUCCGCCUACUGCGCGGCGGCGGGCAUCCCCUCCAUCGUCUUCCUGCCCGCCGACAAGAUCUCGCUGGCCCAGCUGGUGCAGCCCAUCGCCAACGGCGCGCUGGUGCUGUCCAUCGACACCGACUUUGACGGCUGCAUGCGCCUGAUCCAGGAGGUCACCGCCGCCAGCCCCAUCUACUUGGCCAACUCCAUGAACAGCCUGCGGCUGGAGGGGCAGAAAACGGCGGCCAUCGAGAUCCUGCAGCAGUUUGACUGGGAGGUCCCCGACUGGCUCAUCAUCCCGGGCGGCAACCUGGGCAACGUCUACGCCUUCUACAAGGGCUUCAAGCUGGCCCGCGACCUGGGCCUCACCGACCGCCUCCCUCGCCUGGUGGUGGCCCAGGCGCGCAACGCCAACCCGCUGUACCGCGCGUACCGCGACGGCUGGGGCACCUUUGCCCCCGUCAAGGCGCAGACCACCUUUGCCAGCGCCAUCCAGAUUGGGGACCCGGUGUCGGUGCACCGCGCCAUCCUGGCGCUGGAGGCCUGCGAUGGCAUCGUGGAGGAGGCCAGCGAGGAGGAGCUGAUGGACGCCGCCGCGCGCGCCGACCUCACCGGCAUGUUCAACUGCCCCCACACCGGGGUGGCGCUGGCCGCGCUGCUCAAGCUGCGCGAGCGCGGCGUCAUCGCCCCCUCCGACCGCACCGUCGUCGUGUCCACAGCGCACGGCCUCAAGUUCACGCAGUCCAAGACCGCCUACCACGCCGCCGAGAUACAGGGGCUGAGCAGCAGGUACGCCAACCCCCCCGUCACGGUGCGGGAGGACCUGGGCUCCGUCAUGGACGCCAUCCGCACCAAAUUUGCCAAGCUGUGA